AUGGCAGUUGCCCCCGAAUUCACCCAUGAUCAGUCCAAUGGCGGGCUCGAAAUCAUACGUCCUUCUCUCACUCAAGAUGAGUUAGAGGACAUCCCAGGCACUCGCCGCCUCUUCGACAGCGAGGGUCAUACCCUCCUGUCCCUAAGCGGCGAUGCUUCUUCGCUCAAGAAACACGGCGACAUCGUCCUGGUCCCGCAGCCCACCGAUUCGCCCAACGACCCCUUGCAAUGGAGCGUGGCCCGCAAGAUUUGGCACACUGCCCUUGUGUGCUUCAUCACUGCCCUAACGGCCGCCACGUCCAACGACGCCGGCUCUGCCUCAGAGGGCUUCAACGAGGAGCUGGGCAUCGAUUACUCGUACUUCAACACGGGCGCCGGUGUCCUCUUCAUCGGCAUUGGCUACUGGGCGCUCCUGUCCUCGCCUGCUGUGCAUCUCUACGGCCGGCGGCUGCUGUACCUGGUCUCAAUGACCUUUGGCCUCAUCGGCAGCAUCUGGUUCGGCGCCGCCAAGAACGCCAAUGAUACCAUCUGGAGUCAGCUGUUUGUUGGCGCGUCUGAGGCCGUCGCCGAGGCUGUGGUGCAGCUAAGUCUCAUGGACCUGUGGUUCGAGCACCAGGCUGGUGCCGCCAUCGGCGUGUACGUCCUGGCCACCAGUGUGGGAACCUACAUGGGUUCUUUGAUCGCGAGCUACAUCUCCGAGAGCUUCCUCGGCUUCCGGUGGGUGGGCUACAUGGGCGCCGCAUUCUCGGGCGGCACGUUCCUGCUGCUCUUCUUCGGCCUGGAAGAGACAGGUUUCGACCGCGCCGGGUACACGACCAUGCACGGCCUCAACGUCACCGAGCGAGUCGAACGCGCCACAGAGGAAACGACCGGCAUCAACGAGAAGAAGCCCGGCGCCGGCAUCUCAGGAACGGCGACGCCACCCGUGACCACAGACCUCGAGAGGGCAGGAUCGCGCUUUGCCGAGCCCGAGAAGCAGAAGUCAUACUGGCAGCGCAUCCGUGUUAUCACGCCAGCACGAAAUCUGCGCGGCACGGGCUUCAAGCAGUACUUCAAGCGACUGUUCCAUACGCUCAAGGUCUUCACCUUCCCGGCGGUGUGGUAUGCGGGACUUCAGUGGGGCGCGCAAAGUGCCUGGUUGACCUUCUACCUCACUGUUGAGCAGGACACGUGGUACGACCCGCCGUACAACUACACGGACGGUGAGGUGGGCAACAUGAACAUCCCGACGGUGAUCGGCGCCGUCAUCGGGUGUUUCAUCGCCGGCUGGGGCAGCGACUGGUUCACUCUGUGGCUGACGCGGCGGCGCGGAGGCAUCAUGGAGGCCGAGUGCCGCCUGUGGCUCAUGAUCCUCCCCACGGUCGUGUUCCCCACCGGCAUGUUCCUCUUCGGCAUCGGCUCCGGCCGCGGCUGGGACUGGCCCGUACCUUACGUCGGGCUAGGCUUCAUCGGCUUCGGCUACGGCUGCGCGGGCGACUUGUCCAUGGCGUACCUCGUCGACGCGUACCCCGAGAUGGUCCUCGAGGGCAUGGUGGGUGUCGCUGUUAUCAACAAUACCAUCGGCUGUAUCUUUAGCUUCAUCACUAGCCCGUGGAUGGACAACAGCGGCGUCGAGAACACGUUCAUCGCGGCUGGUGUGCUGGCUUUUGCGGCGCUUGCCACGAGCUUGCCCAUGGCUUUGUUCGGGAAGACGGCGCGGAGGCGCACGCGGGAGCGGUACAACUUGUUUGUGGCUGGCCGUGAUGGGCUUGAGAGCUGA